AUGAGAGAAAACAAUACUAUUACUAAAGACCAAAAUGUGGAAACGAAACUCUUAUCAGACACCAAUACAUUACAAGAUUGUUGUUCAUCUAUUGCAACUCCGGAUUUAUCCUAUUUAAGGAAAAAUCAAUCGACAAUUACUCCAGAUGUUGUCGCUCGUUCUACUAUUGAAUCACAACCAUUAACAACUCUUAGUUCGCCGUUUAUGAUAUUGUCGUCAAGUGAAAUGAAAAAUGCUUCACAAUUAACAAUCGAACAUUGGAAAUAUAUAUUUGAAACAUGUAAUCUCGGUAAAGCAUUAUUUAUCGACGGAUUAAAACCGAAGUAUAGUCAUGAAUCAGCUAUUCGAUUGAAAGAUAAUACAAAACCAAAAACUGUCGUUUGUGAUUCUUCAAGUAUCGAUGCACGUUUAACUUACACUGAACGAAGCAAAUUAUUUGUGGAAUAUAAAUUCAAUGACAUUGAAAAGAGCUUUUCAUGUCCGUUUGUUUCUUUUUCUGAUAAUUAUGAGAAAAAUGAAAAAAUGGCUCGUAACUCUUCGAAGAAAAACUUAUUUACAACCUGUACGUGGAAUUUUCCGCGUGUUUCAAUAAAACUGGAUAGUCACAAUAUUGAAGCAACAUCAGAAUUUUUGCGUGAUGUAGACAUAAUAUUAAAUUCAUCGACACAAGAUCAAUAUGAUAGAUUCAAGGAACUAUUUUCAGACUAUGGACAUGUCAUUGCAACUGAAUUAAUCAUCGGAGGACAAUUGCAUCAUGCUGAUAUGCGAGAAAGAACAGGUUCAGUAGAUGAAACACAACAUAAAGAAGAACGAAAGCAAGAAUUCCGAGCAGCUGUAAACCUAGUAACUAUACCUGCUAAGAUAUUAAUAAAAGCUGAAGCAAGUGCUGAUGCUGGUGCAGGUAAAAAAACUGAAGCUAAAUUUCGAGACGAAGACAAUCGACAAAUAAUGAAUACGACUUUUCAGGCAACCGGUGGUGAUACAUUACAGUGUGAAGGUUCUAGUAAAUGGGUUUCAACAAUUGAAAAUUUUCUUAAUUGGCGAGUGAUAAGUAUUGAGAAAACGGUGCCGCUCUAUAAAUUAUUAGACAAAGAUCGACAAGAUAAAAUUGAAUCCGUAUUACAUCAGUAUCAACUAAAAAUGGUUGUACCAGGUAAUACACCGAUGCCCAAUGAUACACAACUUUCAACUCACGAAACACAACCGAGAGCCGUCCUGCCAAAAUCACUUAUAGCGGGUAUAGAUAUUGUCAGCAAACUUUCUGGGACACCAUCAGGAUAUGAAUGUAUUACAAAAGUUUAUGAUGAUAAUAGUUAUAACGCCUGUUUGACACAAUAUUCAUGGCUGGGCUUACGACGUUUAGAGGAACUUCCAGAAAGUUAUACUUAUAUUGGUGACAUCAAUGGCCUAAAAAUGUGUAUUCGACAAGGUAACAGUUCACCUUCGACGAAAAACUUAUAA